UUAUAUAAAUUUACAGACUUUUUCAUAGUGUAAUGUGAGAACAGGUUUUCCACUUGUCCUCGGUGGCUUUGUGGCGUUUAUGACUACACGCUUCCCCACUCUUCGCUCGAUUUCUCUCAUUUGCUUAUCACUGCGAUCACGAGGUAGUGUUAGUUACGAUAUUACGCUUCUCGAGUGCUAAAAAUGUGUUAUCUGGAAGAAAAAGUAUGAGAAAAAAAUGUAUAAAACGUAUUAAAAAAUUUACAGGGAAAUAAAUAAAAUGAGAAAAUUGAUACGAAAUCAGGAGCAAGAGUGGGGAAGUGAAUGUAAAAUCCAACGUCUUAUACAGUGUACAAUGUGCCGCGGUUCCGAUACGAAGUAUCUGCAUUGUGACGAGUGUCAUAAGUCGUGUAAAUACAAUACAUUGAAAGAGACAUUUUACGAACGUCAACGAUGCUAUCAGUUUGAGCGGGAUAUUUAUAUGUAUGUAUUCAUGUGUUUUCAACAUUUCCAUACUUUGGUAAAGUAAUCACGCCAGUGAACUGGUAGUUCUUCAGAAGCACGGUUGUUCCAAAGUCGAAAAGUUGACCGCCGUUAGAGAAUCUAUUUUCAAUACAAAGACGACUGAUCUGAAUCAAAAACGUUUUAGAACAAAGUGACUUUGAUAAUGUCGAAGACAAAGGAUCUUACGAAAUUGUCGGUUACUCAGUUGAAACAAUUUUUAACAUCUUUCGACGUAGUGAUGUCCGAUUUUGACGGAGUUGUAUGGCAAAUCGAUCAUCCUAUUGCAAAUGCUUUCGAGUCUCUAGCGACACUGCAGAAGAUGGGAAAGCAAGUGUAUCUAGUAACGAAUAACAGUACUAGAGACUCAAGCGCGUUUAGCAAACUUGCUCGUCAUGCCUCUUUGGAUAUAAGUCCAGAUCAUGUAAUUAACACUAUCAAAGUGAUUAUCUGGUAUUUGAAAAAAAUUAAUUUUCAAGACGAAGUGUUCGCUAUAGUUUCAAAUGUGGCUCGAAAACAAUUAAUAGAAGCUGGAAUAAAAUUAGUAGAAGACCCAAAAUUUUUCGCGGAUAAUCAGACUGCGACCGUAAAUGAAGUUAUAGAUCGGCCGUCUGUUAAAGCUGUUAUUGUUGAUUUUGAUGUCACCGUAAAUUGGAUGAAGCUGGCUUUAGCUAUAUCAUGCCUUGAACGUAAAGAUGUAUUGUAUAUAGUAGGAAUAAUGGACAAUUGGAUAAAUAUAAAAACAUCACCUAAAAUCAACAUUUUAGGUCCUGGACCGUACAUUCAUAUUAUCAGUUCACAGACUGAAAGAAAACCAAUCGUGUGCGGAAAACCUAGCUCAAUUCUCAAAGAUUACAUUUUCGAUAAAUGCAAUGUAACUGAUCCACGUAGAUGUCUUUUUAUAGGUGACUCGAGUGAUCAAGACAUGCAGUUUGCUUCCAUGUGCGGAUUUACAAAACUUUUUGUCAGUACGGGAGUGGACACUCUAGAAAAGGCACAAAAACAAGAAGACAGUUGUCCCGAUUAUUAUCUUCCUACUUUGGGUCAGUUAUUUGCCGCUGUUGAAGAUUUACAAAAUUUAUGUGCGACCAUUAAAAAUUAACGGUGUAUUACCCCACAUACACAAGAACAUCUAUUUCAAAAUGACAAGAAAAACAUUAUAUAACACAAUUGUCUUUAACUAAAGAUUACAAAAACUGUUUUUCAGUUACUGCUAAAAGAAAAAAUAAUGUUUUUACAAGUUACAUUUUGCGCGUUACAUUUCCGGAUGUACAUGAGACAUAGUUUUCAAGUGUAAUACACAUAUUAUAAUUGUUAAAUUUUCAACAUUUAAACACUCGACAAAAAAGUUAUGUGUAUGUAGAAACUUAUUCAAUAAAUAAUGACGUAUAU